AUGGCCCUGUAUCCUGUAGUUGCUCCAAAGAUUCUUCAAUUCCGCUCUCACAAGAUUGAGGUAAGUUGAAAUUGUUUCAUUAUUUUGAACCUAGCGCUGCGCGCUAAGGCCGCGCGGGUCGCAAUGCCGGUGUAACUGCGAAGGAGCCAGAGGAGUUUUUUAUCAUUGGUUCCUUAAAAGUACCAUAUUUGUAAACUACCUCUGAGCUGGAAUUUGUUUCUUAAAAACUACAUAUUUUAACUUAAAGACUUAUUCGAAAGCCUUCUUCGUGUUUUUGGAUUAGUAUAACGCCAUAUAAGCUUAAGCUUUCCCGAAAAGGCGCUGUAUUCAUCAAGUUUUCAGAUAUUUGCUAAGGUCGACCUCAUUAUUAAUUGAAGACUAGCAGAAGUGGAAAACGUCACAAGUUACAUAACAUCUCAAGUAAUAGUGGGGAGUGGCACAAGGAAGAGCAGAGGGGGGACUGGGAAGAGCGGGCCCUCCGUGAUGCUUUGUUAGUUGGAGAGUGAUAUACAAGAAAAUUGGUUUUUGUUUAAUGAGUUGAUAUAAGUAAAUUUUCCCCCGUAAAAAAAUGAUAAAGAAGCUGAUGUUUUUAACGCUUGCAACGUCAGCUUCUUUAUCUAUUUUUUACGGUAGAAAAUUUACUUUUAAUCAACUCGUUUGAUAAAAACCAAUUUUCCUAUUCAACAAGUUUUGCUUGUUUGAUUGGCGAAUCACUCUUAAGAAUGCCCAUUAAAAUUUUUCCUAUUCACUUUCCUUUUACGAUAUUUGCUUUAGGUGAAUAUCAAGCGAAUUAACAUAGUUCAAGAAGUGAUUGACUUCAAUUCAAGGAAAGAAAAUUGGGCGAAGGGUGCCCAAUUCCAGUCUGUUGGUGAAAGAGGAUUGGACCUGGAUUGCAUCAAAAGAGAUGGAGACAGGCCCGCACCCGUUUUCUCAAGGGAAACGACAACUCCUUUAUUCCUCGGAUCACUGGCUUAUCUAGGGAACAACCUAUUGGUACGUCACAGCCGGCAUUUUUCCUGCCUUUUUAAAUUAUGCUUUUAUGUAAGCGUUGUUUUGUGGCAAGGAUUCUCUUACAGAUUAUCGUUAUUUUAA